AUGCCAGCACGACGUAAAGCAGCGGAAUCAGCUACAACGCCACGAAAGACAAAGGAUAGUGCUGGUGGUAGCGUUGAUAGUUCACAAAAGUACACGGUAUACGUGAAAGAACGUUCGAGCGUGACAAGUUUAUUACCACCGGACGUAAAUCCUUUUUCAAGGGAAGAAGCAAUAUAUUGGCAAUUAUCCUUUCCUAAAGACUUGAGAAAGAUCAUUGUGGCAGAAGUAAGGAAUCAUAUGAAAUCCGAAUAUGACAAAGUUUUACCAUCAAUGCCGAUUGAACCAAAUACCGAACACAUUCGUAACUUGGUAAGCCAUGAAGUUAAACAAAUCACCAACGAAGUUAAAAACGAAGUGAAAAGGGAAAUAUCUAUUCGUACGGGUUCGAGACCGAGAGGAUUUAGAGGGGUGGAAAUGAUUGAGAUAAUCCGUCAAGAAGCGCGGAAGGUGGUCCUAGAGGAAUUAUUGGUAUUCUCUCAAGACAAGAUAAACAAACCAGAUUUCGCAUUACAUUCGAGUGGUGCCAAUGUGAUAAGUAGGUUCACAAGUAAAACUUAUGAAUUAUGGCCUGAUAAAUGGUAUAAAAAGACAGCCGCGUACCUAUUCGGACAGGGUAUCUUACGUGGUAAACCACCUGUGACGGCAAUUUCUCCUGAUACUCAUGUUGGGCAAUGCUGGCCAUUCUCAGGAUCCGAAGGUCAAUUGGCGAUCUUACUUAACAGGAGAGUUUACGUUACCGCGGUUACUUAUGAUCAUGUUAGCAGAAAUGUAUCGAUUGAUGUAAAUUCGGCUCCAAAGGAAUUUGAAGUAUGGGGGAUAAUCGAUGAUGGAAAGGAUCGCAAAGAAAGUGAAACAGAAGAGAAUGGGGAUUUAGAUGUCGAACCAUUUGAAGAGAGUUACAUGGAAUCAAUCGAAGAAGAAUGUGGUAUAAGACAGGAAGGUGAAUAUGAACCCGAUAGGAAUUUUCACUUUCAAGUUAAUGGUAAUUCAAAUGAUGGCUUGGGCGAUUUGGAUCUUAUGGAUAACAUAACUAGCGAGGAAUUACAUUUAGGCAAUUCUCCCCUACAUUUAUUCUUGGGCAGAUAUGUUUAUAAUAUUAGUUCUGUACCCGUACAAACUUUUGAAGUGCCACAAGAGAUUUUGGAAUCGAAUAAACCGGUUCGAGCGGUUAUCAUGAAAGUUAAUAGUAAUUGGGGUAAACCUGGCUUUUUCGUACAUACAUGA